CGGGACUGAGCCUGCCUCCUCUUGGACUGGCGUCUUGACCAAAGGCCAACGUCCCCUGGAAGGCCCGGCCCUCGGGGCAGUGGACUCCAGCCCUGGGUCUCAGGGGCUGUCACGGGAGUGUGGGCGCGCGGUGGGAGGAGGGCGUCGUGAGCCGGGCUGGCUGAGUCGCCACCCCGGGAACUCCGGGCACCGACCGCGACGGCUCAUGUGGGAACGCAGCUGUUAUUUCUGUCCUCCCGGGGCCAGUCCGCUGGCCUUACCGACCGGCGGGAGGCGCCACCACGUGUCUGUCUGGUCCACAGGUGGACCCGAAACCAACGGUAAACAAGAACUUCUAAGUGCAUCCACCAGGAAGUUACUGCAUAACCAGCUGAGGGCAAGGUGGUCAGACUUCCAGUCAAGACGGAGGUGUAGGUAGACACACUUCACCCCCUCGAGCAACCACAGAGAGAAGUACAACUAAACGUCAAAACCAGUAACACCCAGAACUGUCAGAAAACCAAGCCGUGUGGCAGUAUGACAACCAGGGCUUUAAAGGAGCCAUGUUCACCCAGACAGGCCUGUAGAGAGCUUCCGUAAAAAGAACCUGAGCUGCACAAGGGGACAUCUGGAGGCAAGGUCUCAACGGGCUGAAAACAAGAAUGCUUCGUAGAGCGGCAGUGCACUCUAUGCGUUGGGAACCUCACCCAAGUCCCAGCCUCACCAGGGUCCCGGCCCCUCUGGAGUCCCAGCGCCCCCACCUUGCUGCCACCCCACAGCCAUGCAGGGCGCCUGGGUGCUGCUGCUCCUGGGCCUGAGGCUCCAGUUCUCCCUCGGCGUCAUCCCAGCUGAGGAGGAGGACCCAGCCUUCUGGAACCACCAAGCAGCCCAGACCCUGGACGCCGUCAAGAAGCUACAGCCCAUCCAGACGGCCGCCAAGAACCUCAUCCUCUUCUUGGGGGACGGGAUGGGGGUGACCACGGUGACAGCAGCUCGAAUCCUAAAGGGACAGAAGAAUGGCAGUCUGGGACCCGAGACGCCCCUGGCCAUGGACCAGUUCCCAUACACGGCUCUGGCCAAGACAUACAAUGUGGACAGACAAGUGCCAGACAGCGCGGGCACGGCCACAGCCUACCUGUGUGGAGUCAAGGCCAACUACCAGACCAUCGGUGUGAGCGCGGCAGCCCGAUAUAACCAGUGCAACACCACAUGGGACAACGAGGUCACCUCCGUGAUGCAACGGGCCAAGAAUGCAGGGAAGUCAGUGGGCGUGGUGACCACAACCAGGGUCCAGCACGCCUCUCCAGCCGGCACCUACGCACACGUGGUGAACCGCGAGUGGUACUCAGAUGCGGACAUGCCCCCAGAGGCGCUGAAGGAGGGGUGCAAGGACAUCGCCACGCAGCUCAUCUCCAAUGUGGACAUUGACGUGAUCCUGGGUGGCGGCCGCAAGUACAUGUUUCCCAACGGGACCACUGACCCCGAGUACCCCGGUGAAGCCACGCAGAGCGGGGUCAGGCUGGACAAGCGGGACCUGGUUCAGGAGUGGCAGACCAAGCACCCGGCUGGCCGGUAUGUGUGGAACCGAACGGCGCUCAUCCAGGCCUCCCAGGACGCCUCUGUGACCCACCUCCUGGGCCUCUUUGAGCCCGAGGACAUGAAGUACGAGGUGUACCGAGACCCCGUGCGGGACCCGAGCCUGACGGAGAUGACGGAGGCGGCCUUGCGCGUGCUGAGCAGGAACCCCCGAGGCUUCUACCUCUUUGUGGAGGGGGGUCGCAUUGACCAAGGUCAUCACGCAGGCAAAGCUUAUCUGGCACUCAAUGAGGCUGUCAGUUUUGAUGACGCCAUUAGCAAGGCCAGCCAGCUCACAAGCGAGAAGGACACACUGACCCUCAUCACCGCCGACCACUCGCACGUCUUCACUUUUGGUGGCUACACUCUGCGUGGCAGCUCCAUUUUCGGUCUGGCCCCUUCCUUGGCCUCAGACAACAAGAGCUACACCUCCAUCCUUUAUGGCAAUGGCCCCGGCUACGCCAUCAGCGGGGGCUCCCGGCCCGAUGUCAACGACAGCGUGAGCGGGGACCCGGAGUACAAGCAGCAGGCGGCCGUGGGCCUGUCGUCCGAGACCCACGGCGGCGAGGACGUGGUGGUGUUCGCGCGCGGUCCGCAGGCGCACCUGGUUCACGGCGUGCAGGAGCAGCACUUCGUGGCGCACAUCAUGGCCUUCGCCGCCUGCCUGGAGCCCUACACGGCCUGCGGCCUGAGAGGUGCGGCGCGCCCCGGGCCCUGUGGCAACCCCUCGCUGGUCCUGCUGGCCGGGGCGCUGCUGCUGCUGCUGCUGCUCGGGACCGGGACCGCGAUGCCCUGACCGCUCCCCGGACCCCGCCCCCGGAUCCCCACUCCUCCUGUGCCCCCAAUCGUGGUUCUGCUGCACCCGUGUCCAAAGCCUCCAGACCCAGGACCCACCUUGGGCCCCUAGGUUCUGACCUUCACAUGUUGGCAAUAAACGGGCCUCAGCUGGUGUGGCGCUGACCCCACCCCACCCCACCCCACCCUGCUGCGGCACCGGACCUUGGGGCGCCCUGAAGGCUGAGGCAGUGAUGUUCCUGUGGCACCCAGGGCCAUCGAGGUCUUUGGGGCUCUCCACCCCCAAGCUAGGUGGCCUGACAGUGGCUGCCUGGCACCCCGCAGCCAGUGAGGGCACCUUGUUGGUGAUGGAGGCUGCUGGGGUCACCUGUUUGGGAGGUGGGUUGGGGGAGGGGCUUUGACAGUGUGGAGGGCAAGACCAGUAAAAUGGCAUUGGUCGGGUUAAGACAGCAUGAAGCAUACAAAAUAAAGUGGAGUCGCUUAUGCUAACUGAAACGGCUGUCUGUCGGCCAUGACACUUCGGUUCCCGAGGAAAAUUCCCUAAGUCAGAGUAAGCGCUUGUGGCAAGGAGACAGGUCUGCCCACGUGGUCGGAGCAUAACUUUGUGGCAAGGAAGUGCCGCAGGUUCGAUUCCCAGUCAGGGUACAUGCCUGGGUUGCAGGCAACCUCAAAUUGAUGUUUCUCUCUCUCUCUCCCUCCC